UGUUUACAAGCACAAACGGCUCCCUCUUUAGUGUGGAGACAUUAAAAACCAACAAUUUGAGAACGAUCUCCGCACCGACUUCAGUCUGAACAAAGAUUUUUUCUCGGGAAGACAUGGCAUAAUUUCUAUUAGAAAGAGACGCACGCGAUAGCGUUAUAUCGGCAGACAAACACAUACAUCGAACGACCUGUGUAUGACAGACUUUAGUCGCAAGCAAGCAAGCAACCUGGUCGUGACAGAUUUCAGCUGAGAUCGUUCAGACACGAAACUCCUCCCACUUUUGCAACGCUGCCCACUUUUGCAUUCAGACAACCCCAGACACAAUGUUUUUACGAACGAUACAGACAUUCGUUCAGGCAAUCGUUCAGUAUACGGGUCCCCUUAGUGGAGCGUUCACGAGAGGCUGAUGGAUACCGACUGGGAGGCUGCGUAUUCUUUCAGUCAAAGUCUUCCUUUCAGUAUUGAAGAGCCACUUGGACUGUGUGUGUGUGUGUGUGUACUUGGCUUGAUAGCCUAGUUGUACAUACAUUCCUUGAAGUCGAUCCGUGCCAUAUAUAGACUGUACUUGAUGUGGAGCUCACUCAUUGGAUCAUCUUAAUGUACCGCUUAGAUUUGAUCAGUUUUGUCAUUCUCUGCACACUACUGAGAUCGAGAUUGAGUACAGACAUGACAUUAUAACAUUAUGAUAGUAAUUAGUGGGUCACGUGAGAAAACGAUAUUAUUUCAUCCUACGCCUAGCGUUGGAAUGCUGUGGUAUAAAGUAACCCCGCGACCUCUGCUGUGAUGCCGUUGAUCUUAUCGAGGAACGCUGACCAAGCACGUACGACGAGGCACAUACCGGGGUAUUCGGUUCCGCUGACAUCAGCGAAAAAAUGCACGGAGGGAGUUACUGAAUUACCCUCCUGGUGAGAAGAGGUUCCUUUGUCCCAGCAAACGUCACAGGUGACCCGAGAUCUGCUGUUGGUAGAGGACCUUCAUCUAUCACGGGAAAGUUAUGCUCCACUGCCAUCGAGUUACAGGACGGCGUUGAACAUUAAACUCUUAUUUUUAGUUAAAGAUUACCUCAGCUCAUCACGAUGGAGGAACAGGUCGUUCUAACGAAGACUUCGUUCGAGAUGAUGAAGCGUUUAUUCAAGGGGAAGCGUAUGAAAAUACACGAGCUCGAGGAGGAUAACGAAAAACUAAGGAAGGCCGUAGAAGAAACGCUUGCGCAUCAUGCAAAAUCGAAAAGAAGUAAAGAUUUAAUCGAAAAUGAAGGAUCUGCUUCGUCACCAUCUUCUACUCAAGAGCUGCGGCAGCGGCGGUGUUCACAAGAAACUGUGGGCCAAGGAACUUCAGCUCCCUCAAUACAGAACCGAAUAGGUGUUUCUUACAAACGCACCACACGAUGUUCAUAUUCAACAUCUGCCUGCUCUCCAUUAGUUUCCUCAGGAUAUCCAGCAGCAGCAGCAGCAAAUGCAGCAUGCGUCAAUGGGCCGAAUUCAUCGUUAAACACACCACCAGCCUUUCCGCCAUUUCAUGAAGUGCACAACACUCCCAGUCAGAUUUCGCAGCCGUUACCGAGCUCCCUAGUACAGCAACCCAACCCCGGACUGGUCGUGGGGUAUCGAGCAUUUACCGAGACGCUUAACAAACCUCCGCCACCAUAUCAGAAUUUUCCGAAUUUUCAUCGUUCAUCAGCAUCAGUGUCAUUUCACUCAAAUCAGACGUUGAGUUAUCAGUCGUCAGUGCCUGUGAAUAGUUGUCUGUCAUCAGUGCCUGUGAAUAGUAAUCAGUCAUCAGUGCCUGUGAACAGUCAUCAGCCAUCAGUGCCUGCGAACAGUCAUCAGCCAUCAGUGCCUGGGAACAGUCAUCAGCCAUCAGUGCCUCCUAAUAGUCAUCGGUUAUCAGUGCCUCCGAAUAGUCAUCAGCCAUCAGUGCCUGUGAAUAGUCAUCGGUUAUCAGUGCCUCCAAAUAGUCAUCAGCCAUCAGUGCCACCGAACAGUCAUCAGCCAUCAGUGCCUGGGAACAGUCAUCAGCCAUCACUGCCUCCGAAUAGUCAUCAGUCAUCAGUGCCUGUGAAUCGGACUCAGGCAGAUUCACAGGUACAGCAUCAAACAUUCCAUGCACUGUUACCGUCACAUCAUCAUCAUCCCCACCCAUGUUUACCAGUACCCAAUCAGUCACAUUUUAGAAACUUGCACCAUAAUCAACCUCAGAAUUUUCCUCAAACAGCACAGCAGGGUCCUUCUAGUGUUCUCCAUUAUCAUCAGCAGACGCCUGUGCAAGCACUUCAGAAUAUGAGCUCUAAUGCGCCAGCAUACCAUCAGCCUGAAGGAUUCAUGCAACAUCAGCAUCAAACAUAUCGUACAUCCCAACUUCCACAUCCAGGGAUCCAGAAUGCAAGUCCAAAUCAGGCCCAGAAGCACCAGCCACCUAAUCAUGCCAUCCCACGGCAAAGGCUUUAUGUCCGACAUGAUCUGCAUUCUGAUCAGUCGUUCACAAACAAUACUUCACAAAAUCAGAGCUCAUUUGGUAGAAAUCCUGAUGUGCUACACAGAACAGUUACAAAUCAUGGCUAUCAGUUGUCUGGGGAACAGAGUCUUCAGCAUGCUUCAACAGCUAGCAGGGAAGGAUGUUUUAGACCUUUGUGGCAGGCAGCUUCCAAAGAGGCCUCCUUUCCUAAUGGAAGUUUUUUACCAGAGAAUAAUAACUUUAGCAAUGUAUUGUCACAUGACAAAGAGGGAGACACUUGCUGCAUAGUUUAUGAAUCAAAAAUUGUAGGCACAAAUGAGCCACAUGGCCAAAGCCCUUGCACCAAACUUCAGAAUAGCAGUAAUGCCUAUCCAAACACUUUAAGUGGUAAUUCCUAUCAAACAGAUAACCAUGGCCAGGCUACUAUUACUUCUGAGCCUUUCACUUGUCCAGGGCCCUCGACAGUGAAUACUAAGACUGAUUCAUUGCCCCCAGUCAUAACUCCGCCUCUCACACCACCCACUCCAAAUUCCUCAAAACCAGUUCAGCUUAAUUCAGAUGCACAGAGCAAUGUUACUUGCAGUCUUUAUCCUAAUUUAGCGCCUGCACAAAAUGUAUUUACCCCUCAGCCAGUGCCUUUAUCGACUGGAGAUCAGCCUCCUUUGAAUAAUGAUUCUUCAAAGGUGCCAGAUCAGAGAACUAAACAAAAUAUAGUGGACAUGCCUGAUAGUAGUAGAGAUUUCCCUUCGAUCUCUCUUGGUCCGUAUAAUUCAGAGUCAGGAAAUCUGCCAGUGCCACUGCCUGAUAUAGAUUCUGACAGCAUUUCCCAAGGGAUCAACAAUUCCCCUAAGAACUCGGAUCCAUCUAUAUCAUCAAAGGAGUUCUGUUUGUCACAGAGUUCUUCAUUUAUCGCUGAGGCUGAAAAUGACGACGAGACCACACAGGUUUCGUUUACAUCACAGGCUGUAACAGAUACACCUGCUAAAAUGACUCUGGUAAAGGAUAAAAUUUCAAAUGGUUCUUCAGAGUCUUGUGGAGACACUCAGCAUAUAAGGCACAAGGAAAAAUUUGACAGGCAUCCAGCAAUACCUUCUGUGAAUAAGAAUGCAGCGGUAACUGUUACUUCAGUACCUUCAGUGGCCCUAAUGUGUACUGGGAGCAGUGCUCAUUUUAAUGAUCCCGAGUCUGGUACUACAAAGCGGGGGGAGUCCCCUCUCGUGAAAAGUUUGACCGAAGGAUCAAACUUUAAUUUUCCCAGAGUAAAAACAAAUGCGCUCUCUAAAAAUCAUGAAAAAGGAUAUCUAGUUUCAGAGAUAGGUAAAGCAUGCAUCCCUAAAAGUCUGACAACAAAUUGUUAUGUUUGCAGAAAAAAAGAUAUAAAAGGAAAAGAUGUCCUACAGCAUUUAAUUUUUGGACACCUGAAGUGUAAAUUAUGUAACUUGCGAAUUGAAAGCUGUCUAGCGUUGAGUGAUAUUGAUAAAAAACAACCCCAGUGUGCGGUACCACGCGAUAAACCCCAUGUUUUUUCUGUUUGGGAUCCUAAUCCCGUUGACUUUUUGAGUUUUCAGAUUUGGCAUUUUUCACAUAAUAGGGCCGAAGGAGCUCCGUCAUCCCAAAGAAAUACACUUCAAAUGCAUAACUAUUUGAAGAUGUUAAGGCCUUUGUGCAAUGUGAAGCCUUGGAGCUCAGCGCUUAGAAUGUGUUGGCGAUAUGCAGAGGCCUCUUUGAAGUCAAAUCCAGUUCGUUCAAGUGAAUCUGAUCUUAAAACAAAUAAUGACCUGCUAUCAAGAAUCGUGACUGAGUGUGAGAUUAGCACGGAGGAAGAGUUAAAUAGGGGUACUGUUUCCUCUUCUUCAGAAGGCAACUUAAACAAUGCUGGUGAUAUGAAAGGAAAUUCUACAGACUCAAUAAAAACAAAGUCGUGCGAUAUCAGUACCUCAGAUAAGGGAGAAAUCUGUGGAGGUUCUGUAGAUUCUAAAGUCGACUCUGUCAGUACUACAUCUAUUGUUAGAGAAAGUUCUACAAGCUUAGUAAAUUCAAAGCACAGUUCUGCCAGUCCAUUGGUUGUGGGAGAAGCCCCUAAAGGCUUGGUCAUUCCCGAGUCAUGCACCACCAGUUCAUCUGUUGCGAGGGAAGGUUCUAAAGAAAAGGUGAAGUCUGAGGCAUACUCCACUAACACAAUUGAUAUGACAGAAAGCUGCAAAGCCUCUGUACACGCUAAAGAUACGUUUGUUGAAGAGGAAGUAAAGUUCCCAACUUCUAUGAAAGGAGAACAAAUUGUAGAGGAAGAAACAAACGACGACGAAUUCGUUGUCGGAAGCAGGGAUGGUGAAUUUAAAAGUGUGGACAUCAUCAAAGCGGCAUUCCCAGAAAUGAAGGAAACAGAAGGAAGUUGUGCCACUAUGAAUAAUGAAUAUUUAUUGGAAAGUUCUUGCUCAUUUGAGUACUUGGACAAAGAAAUCGAGUAUGUUAAUUUGUUGGACGAUGUCAGUAGGUCGGAGAGUAAUGGUCACAAUAGUAAGACAUUGUCAGAAGACCUCCCUCGUGAUAAAAUCAAUAAACACAUAGAGUCCCAGGGUCAGAAUAGUACGUGUAUUGAUUCUUGCGACAAAAACAGUGAUUUUCAUAGCAAAAAUGAUAUACGUGUUGAUUCUCGAACCAAGUGUGAUAGAAAUAGCGAUUCUCAGGAAGUAACAAAGAAUGAGAAAGGCAAGCAAAGUGACUUCCAAGUAGCUACUCUGAAUGCUACUUCCGAGGGAGGUUCAUCUCCCUGUGAUCUCCCUACUUUAAACGACGUACCUCCUCCUCCUCAAGAAGCAAGCAAUCUUCACUGUGGUGCAAAUUACCUCAUUAUCAAACCCCAGAAAGAUAGAAAAACCGCAAAGUACCCAGAGGAGUGUCCCAUGUGUUAUACAGUGUUGUGUCCUUCGAGAAUUCGUGUAAAUUUAGAAAUUUUUCGCUUGACUAUAUGUUGCAUAGGCUGUGGUCUGCUCAUCAUUAUUGAAUUUGAUCAAUGCAAUGAGCCAUGCAAGAGUGAAAAAACUAUUAAACGCCCCGGUCCAAAGAGUAAGACUGGUACGGGUUCUGCCAAAAAACCGAACCUUACAAACUAAAACUGGAUAUUGCUAGUGAAAUAAGCAAAUAAGUGUUUUUGUGAUACAUAGCCUUAAGUUUAUUUUGGGAGCACCUCAAAGAUACGACUAACUUGCAUUAUUAUUUGUAGAAUGUACAGUAGUAUUCUUGUAUUUGUAUACUAUAUCAAAGGAUAUGAAAAAGAAAAAGUAUCAGUCAAGUAAAGAUGGGGCCAUGGAGGUAAAGAAUGUGAAAAAGAUUGAGAGGUUUUCUCAGUGGGUGUAGACAAGAAUGACCGAGGUGAUUUAUUUAAUCACCUGAGUUCACAAGUAAGGAUCUGAGCUAUUGUGUGUUCUCAGUAAUUAAUAUGAAUUUUCAAAUAACGUUCUAAUAAGUGGCCCAACGAUACGCUUAGUUGAAGUAAAAAAAAAAUGUUUAUGAAAAAGAUUACCUUUAAUACCUAUUAUUUUUAAGGAAACACAUUUCAUAUUUUUAUAUGUAAAAAAUUAUUGUACAUUAGUUUAAAAGUAAAGAAUGUUUUGUCUC